AUGUUUUCAUCUACCACUGGAACCCUGUGCUUAUUGUUGGUAACACUGAUGCCGAUUGUCGUCGAAAGAACACUAGCGCAACAGACUAUGGUCUAUAAAAUCAACACUUGUAACGGUGAGCGACAUCUAGAACAGCCUCAGCAGGAUUAUCAAGUCCUGAUGGACGUCUUUCCCAUGCAAUGUGCUGGGAGUCAUAGUUGUCCCAAUUACAGGAAUGUCAAGGCCAAUGGGUUGUCUUUACUGGGUCCUGCUGAUGUUGUUUUAGGGAGACAUUCUUCUGGAGGUGUGAUGCUUGGAGAUGUGUCCAAUGCCAUCCCUCUGACAGCCAAUGAGGCCAGGUUGGUCAGGCCAGCAGAUGUGGUCCUCAUGACUGGCACAGAUGGGGACCACUUGUUCCAGAUCACUGGCAUCAAGGUGGUGGAGAACCAGAAACAAGUGGAACCCACCAGAACCCUCCUGCAAUCCAGUCCCCAUCAAGCAGGAGUCCAAGUGGCCAUGAACAAAGACUUUGAGGAGUGCUUGAGACAGUUGAAGGUCUCCACCAGUACUGUGGCUCCCACUUCAAGUACCAUCCCAGUUCCUGAAAGAAGAUUUCUUGAGGACAUGGGUGCUCCUAAACCUGUGGCCAAGUUUGCUUGCCAGGCACAAAUUGUGUGGCCAUCAGCAAGUGAUGUAGAGCACCACCAGGAAGACUUUUUGGGCACACUACCAAAAAUGGACUCCAAAACAGAAACCAUGCAUGCACCAGAGGCUCCAUUUCAGAAUACCCAACUUCAGAGGUCCCUGGGUCCACCAACAGGACAGGAUUACCUGUGGCAGAUCCUGCAAUUGCCAGCUGCCAACAGGUCUGUGAUACUUGAGGCCUUGAGCAGAAGUCUCACCACCACCACCACCACUACUACCACCACCACCACAAGUACAACCCCUGUGGCCCCACCAUUGGACAUGCUUACCAGGUACCACAGACUACCUGUGCAAUAUGGCACCAUGCUUGGAAGAGUCCAGCCAAUGGCUCCUCCAAGUCUAGGACCUUCCUUGGGCCAAGAAGGAAGAGACUAUGAGUCAUUCCAAGGGCAGAUCAAGUCAUCCAUCCUAGGUGACACUGAGGAGGAGAAGGCCCUGAGGAAUUUCAGGGCUGGUCUGGUGGCCAUGACCAACCCCACACCUGCACCAAGGCCCAUGGACAAUGUGUUCUACUUGCAACAGUUGUUGCAAAGGUCCAAGUCCAUGAUGGCCAAUGCAGACUCAGGCAGCAAGAGGGUCCAACUUCACCCAUCCAACAGGUCCACUUGUAAAGACUCAUUUUAAAGAGUCACCAUCAUGGCCCAAAUGGGGUGGUGUCAAGUGUAAAUUGCUGUGAUCAUUUGUCUGGGAUUUUGUUCAGAGAACAAUACAAAACUGUGUCAUGUUGUAAAAAAGAACCACACCACACUAUUUACCAAGUUGUAAAUAGAUGGCAGUACAUUACAAGAUUGCCCUGAUGUGUCUCUAGAUCUUCUCUUCUUGCAUGCAAAUGCACUCCAUGUGUAGAAUAUGCAAUAUAUGGACAAUAUUCAAGAGCAGAAAACCAUUCCAACACUUGACUGUUCCUUAAAAGUAACUACAUCACAUACAACACUAUGUAAAGUCAUGUAAAGAGACUUUUUUUCAAAAUGAAAAUUGAAAAAGAGUAUAAAACAAUACAAUAUUGGUACAGCUCAUGAAUAGAAAUCAAGAGCACCAUCCUAUUUUAUAUGAAUGCAAC